CUCUUCUACGAUAUAGCAUCUCUUCGGCAGUGUAUCCAGCUGUACUUAUCCAUAGUUGUCGGCCUGAAGUCUGACUGUUUUCAAGAAGACGAACGGAGCCGAAGGAACGAAAGUGGAAACGGUGACGUUGAACGCCACGACCCAAGUUGACGUCACGAAACGUGGGCAAGUCAAAUCUUUCAUUGAACGAUCGGAAACGCGAGCAGAUUAAAUCAAUCAGCCGAGAAGGAAUCAGACUGCAGACAGAGUGAGAAGCCGGGACAAGGACCUCGAGAUUGGACAAGAAGUACGAAGAAUCACGACAAAAGAAGUACGAGGAAAUCAUCACGAAGAAGAAAGAGAUGGAUUUGUCAGGACUCGACUCGAGUUUGCCGCUGGGUACGGCGGAACGAGAUUUGGGUGAUAGAUUCAGAGUUGCCGCGACCAGUAUUACCAACUUGUAUAAAUCGAGUUUGGCCACCUCGAAGCAUGCAUACCAAGCAGGCUACAAAGCGUCUCUUAACGAUGUUCUGGGGAUCGUGCAGAGCUGUAUCGUCGCUGAACACGAUGCGACGCUAUGCUUGUCGAGACUCAUGGAUUGGGCUGAAGCUCGAGAGACCGCAAUGGCAGCUUUCGCAUCAGAAGAAGGAGAAGAAAUUAUCCCCCCUCAGGAAAGGUUAGCCACCCUAACUCGACAAGCACUCGCUGCACAUCUGAAUUCCACGCAACUUUCCUCGUCCCCAAAUAAUCACGUCCAUCGCCCAGACCCACCCAUUCAUACCAGUAAUCCACAGCGCACCCCGACACCG